CUAGACCAAGAACUUGCAAUUUGAGGUAUGGGCCAGAAAUUUGGACAAUAAUCCGGUUCCCGGCAGCAAGAACGAUUAGGGGUUAGCCGGUAGUAAAGCCAGAAAUUUCUUCACAUGUGAAUCUGUAUAUAUAUCGAUCUCUGCUCCGCUUUGCUUUGCGGCUUGUAACAAAUUUCCACUAAAUCAACGCGGGUCGGGUUCAGAAUAUCCCGGUGCGAAGGUAUCGUUCCGUUUCUUCUGGGCGGUGGACGACGAGGAGGUUUUGCUUCUCUUUUAGAGUCGAUUGAUGGGUACCGAGCGGAAGAGGAAGGUGAGUUUGUUCGACGUUGUGGACAACAGCGGCUCCAAGAUCCCGAAAAUCAACGGUCUUGGUUCUGCUCUGCUGGGUAACAGCGUCCCAAUGUCUUCCUCUAUCAAUAAGUGGACCUCCAAGCCCUAUUCCCAGAGAUACUUUGAGAUUUUGGAGAAGAGGAAGACUCUUCCUGUUUGGCACCAGAAAGAUGAGUUCCUGCAAACAUUGAAAGAGAAUCAAACCCUCAUCCUGGUCGGUGAAACGGGUAGUGGUAAAACCACUCAGAUACCUCAGUUUGUUCUUGAUGCCAUUGAAGACGAGACCCCUGAUAAGCGUAGGAAGUUUAUGGUUGCUUGCACUCAGCCUCGGAGGGUUGCUGCUAUGUCUGUUUCUCGUCGAGUUGCCGAAGAGAUGGAUGUGACCAUUGGAGAAGAAGUGGGUUACAGCAUUCGUUUUGAAGAUUGCAGCAGUGCUCGUACAGUUUUAAAGUACUUGACAGAUGGUAUGCUCUUAAGGGAAGCCAUGACAGACCCUCUCCUGGAAAGAUACAAGGUAAUAAUUCUUGAUGAAGCUCAUGAAAGGACAUUGGCAACUGAUGUUCUAUUUGGGCUUCUUAAGGAGGUGUUGAAAAACAGACCGGAUCUUAAGCUAGUUGUCAUGAGUGCCACACUUGAGGCUGAAAAGUUUCAGGGUUAUUUUUAUGGUGCACCUCUUAUGAAAGUUCCUGGCCGGCUUCAUCCUGUGGAAAUCUUUUACACUCAAGAACCUGAAAGGGAUUACCUUGAAGCAGCUAUUCGAACUGUCGUGCAGAUACAUAUGUGCGAACCUCCUGGCGAUAUCCUUGUCUUUCUAACCGGAGAAGAGGAGAUUGAGGAUGCAUGUAGGAAAAUAACAAAAGAAAUCACCAAUUUGGGAGAUCAAGUGGGUCCCAUAAAACCAGUUCCUCUUUAUUCUACACUUCCUCCCGCCAUGCAACAGAAGAUUUUUGAACCCGCUCCCCCACCACUUGUAGCAGGUGGUCCUCCUGGGAGGAAGGUAGUUGUCUCUACAAAUAUUGCUGAGACAUCAUUGACUAUAGAUGGUAUAGUUUAUGUUAUAGACCCAGGGUUUGCAAAGCAAAAAGUAUAUAACCCCAGGGUACGUGUUGAGUCUUUGUUGGUCUCUCCAAUUUCUAAGGCAAGUGCCCACCAAAGAUCUGGGCGUGCUGGAAGAACACAGCCUGGAAAAUGCUAUAGACUGUACACAGAAAAGAGCUUUCAGAAUGAUCUCCAACCACAGACCUAUCCCGAAAUACUUAGAUCUAACCUUUCCAAUACAGUUCUAACUUUGAAGAAGCUAGGGAUAGACGAUUUAGUCCAUUUUGAUUUCAUGGAUCCUCCAGCACCAGAAACAUUAAUGAGAGCCUUGGAGGUACUGAAUUAUCUUGGUGCCUUGGAUGAUGAAGGCAACUUGACAAAAUUGGGUGAGAUCAUGAGUGAGUUGCCCCUGGACCCUCAAAUGGCAAAAAUGCUCGUUGUCAGCCCAGAAUUUAAUUGCUCCAAUGAGAUUCUCUCUGUGUCUGCUAUGCUAUCAGAUAGUUGCAGUUUCUCAGUAUUCUCUCUCAUGAAGCAAAUGGUGUCGUCUCUCGCCUCUAUGCAUCUGCUGACCACACAGUGGGCCCUCCUCUGUGAUAACCACUUUUUUCUAUAGUACCCAACUGCUUUAUCCGGCCUAGGGAGGCUCAAAAAGCUGCAGACGAAGCCAAAGGGCGUUUUAGUCACAUUGAUGGAGAUCACCUGACGCUGCUGAAUGUAUACCAUGCUUACAAGCAAAACCAGGAGGAUCCACAAUGGUGUUAUGAGAAUUUCAUUAACCACAGGGCUCUCAAGUCAGCAGAUAAUGUUAGGCAGCAACUUGCACGCAUUAUGGCAAGAUUCAACCUCAAGCUAUGUAGCACUGACUUCAACAGCCGUGACUACUAUGUCAACAUAAGAAAGGCAAUGUUAGCUGGCUAUUUCAUGCAGGUGGCUCAUUUAGAACGUACAGGUCACUAUUUGACAGUGAAGGAUAAUCAGGAGGUUCACUUGCAUCCUUCAAACUGCCUGGAUCAUAAGCCAGAAUGGGUUAUAUACAAUGAGUAUGUGUUAACAAGCAGGAAAUUUAUCCGUACUGUGACUGACAUCAGGGGUGACUGGUUGAUUGAUAUAGCACCACACUAUUAUGAUAUCACAAAUUUCCCCCAGUGUGAAGCAAAACAUGUACUUGAUAGAAUGUACAAGAAGAGGGACAGAGAACGAGGGGACCAGAACAAGAAAAAGAAGUGAAUCUGAUGGUAAGGGACCGAGGGAAGGGAGUGUUUGGCCUUCAGCUAUGAGCAUAUGAAUGAAUUUCACUUGUUGAGUACAAUUGCUUGUUUGGAAUUUUAUGAAGGACGAAGUUAUUUUUAUUUAUGCAUUGUUAACAAUGAAAUAGCUCAGCGUUGCCUUAAAUGCCUUAUGUUGAUACUAUUGUGUCUCCCUUCUACUUCUACUUUUUGAUCCGCUCAUCACCGUCUUGAAGACUCGUUUUUUGAAAUUAGGGCUUGUUUGAUUUGCAGAUUUUAGAUACAAGGGCAAGUGGUCAUUGUCUUCUAUUUUUCUAAUUUGUCUUAUGUUUGAUAGUAUAAGAUCUCAACUCUCAAAUACUUGAAAUUAGUUAGGGCCCGUUCUGUAUGGGGGCUCUUUGUCAGUGUUUCAUUGAAUGAAUUUUAUAAGUAUAUGAUAUAAUAUACGUAGUGUUUCGUAUGA